AUGGCGCUGAGGUGGUGUGCCAAGAUCUUCUGCAGGUUGGCUGCAGCGUGGUUUCCCCUGCUCUUCUCAUCACUGCUAUGGCAAACGAUCUCCCCUGUCCAUGCCAUCCCAUCCUGCCCGCGGAGUUGUACGUGUCCAGGCGUUAAAGAGGUCCACUGUACGUUCAGACACCUCACCACGCUACCAAAAACCUUUCCUAAAGACACAGAGAGGCUCAACCUGGGGUACAACAGCCUGACAGAGUUGGAGGGGUCAGAAUUUAGGUCACUACGACAACUGGAAAUGCUCAUGUUGCAUGGGAAUGACAUUAGCACGGUCCACCCUGGAGCGUUUUACAGCUUGAGAUCACUACAGAUCUUGAAACUGAGUUACAACAAGCUAACAUCGGUGAACCCUGGUUUGUUCGAGGGUCUUGUUAGUUUGAUCCGUCUCCAUCUGGACCACAACCUCAUUGACUUUAUAGAGCCAUACACCUUCUCAGGUCUGACCUCCCUAAAACUCCUGCAGCUGGAGGGGAACCUUCUCAAAGAGAUCCACCCUCAUACCUUCAUUACAGUCUCAGUACUAGGAAGCUUUUGGACUUCUGGACUCAAACACUUACACCUGUCGGAUAAUCUGUUGGAGCAGCUCCCUGCCGCAGCACUGAAUACUGCUCCCAGGCUUGAGCUCCUCUCUCUGCAUAAUAAUCCUUGGGCCUGUGACUGUCAGCUUCACUGGCUGAUAGAGUGGAGCUCCACACAUGAAGGGGUAAUAAAGUGUAAGAAGGAACGGGAUCCAGGUUCCAGUGAGACUUGCCCCCAGUGCUUCUCUCCUCAACCUCUGAACGGGACCCUCUUGCAAGGGUUGACUCAAGACAGGCUUACCUGUGAACGGCCAGCUCUUCGUUCCGCCCUAAAACAGCGGGACAAUCCUUUGUGGGCUGAAUCUGAAGCAGAGCCUGACCUCCCAUACACACGUGACUUUGAAAAGCCUUUAGGCCACCUUAUCUUGGUUCUCUCUGACAGCCAUGGAAACAAUGCUCAUGUGGCAUGUGAUGUGCGCCACCCUGGAGAGAGUUCACCCAUGACUUGGACAGUAAAUCCACGUUCACCCGGGGAGUUAUCUGUCAAUGUAUCACUGGUGACUGUCCUUGAAUGUGAGAUUGAUCGGGAGACGUUGCAAAAUCUGUGGCAAUUGGUUGCAUAUUACUAUGAAAGCCCUGCAAUCUUGGAGAGAGGUCAACAGAAAGGUAACAACAGCAGAGCAACCUAUCAAUAUGCCCAAGCUGUGAAUGAAAAUUCCCCAUAUUUCACAGAAUUAAAAGGUUAUUUGGUAGGAGAACCCUCGUGGCUGCUUCAACCCAGAGUCACUUUGAGGCUCAAUAGAAAGCAGACAACAACAAAGAAACUGGUGAUGGAUUUCACCACAGUAAUCACCAAGGACAUCAACAGCUAUAGAGGGCAGGAUGACAAUGACCUUACUUCUUCAUGGGCAAUGAUUCGCCGUGGAACAGCAGGACGAAUUCAGACAGCUCUUGAAGGUUCAAAGGUUCAUUUAGAAUGCAGUAUUGUGACUUCAGAUGAGGGGCUCAAAGUAGAGUGGAUGUUUCCUGAUUUGUCAAUUAUGGAAGAUGCAACUGACAAAUUUGAAAUUUCUGAGACAGGGGCGCUCAUAAUUAUGAAUGCCACACAGUCUGAUUCUGGCAUCUACCACUGCAUGAUCAGAACUAAAGCUGGUGUGGAUUUAAUGCCCCUAAGGCUCACCAUUAAAGAACGCUCACUCAGCCCUACUGCUUUCAAUGGACAGAAAAUUAUUGUAGAAAGAGGACGCUCAUUGUCGCUCCCUUGUGAGGUGACCUCAGUCCAGCCCAGUCAAACUAUGUGGUACCUGCCCAAAAACCAAAUUCUUCUUCCCACACAACAGACGAGACGGGCACAAGUAACAGAAAAUGGGACUUUGGUUGUAAGGAAGUUGACACAAGAUGAUGCAGGGGAAUAUAGCUGUUUGGCCUCAAAUCUGUAUGGAGUUGACAUGCUAUCACACAUAGUAGAAGUCACUGGGGAAAAGGCCUCUGAAAAGUCCAAAGUAGAGGAAGAGAGAGAGCAGCCCGCCUUACCAGUUCAUGCAGAGGAAGGUGAGGGUUCAGGGGGAGAUUACCAAGAAAUUAUACGUCCUUUUGCAACACAGUUCCCUAAGAGAGUAGGAAUACAACAAAAGAAUCGUAAUGGAGUUUCAAAAAGGAUAAGAAUGAAAGAUUUGAAGAGAAAACCUAAUAAAUCUGUUAAGGAAUUAGAUCCAAACCGCUGGGCAGAGAUAUUAGCCAAAGUUAAUGCUAAGCCAAGUGUUGCGCUGCCUACAGAGCAGUCACUACCAGAGCCCAGCACUGUAACUGUCCAACCAAGUCCGCCCAGACCUGCAACUACAACUGCCACCCCUACAACUGCUAGCAAUUUCCCGUAUACUACUCUUCCUGAUAUUGGGAUACAGCCAGAAGAAUUUCCCAUCACCACAAGAGCAAAGAUCGAAACACAUUCAACAGAGAAGAAAGGGGAUAAACAUAAGGAGUCUGAAACAUUGAAAACACAACCAAAGGUUUUACAGCCUCCACCUCCUAGAAGCACAGAAUCAUCCCUACAUCGUGUUGGUGGGAUCACAGAAAAAUCUGAAACUAUUACAGACUCUCCUGUUGCUGGAGCCCCUCAGCCAGUUGAACAGGCAGAAAAUAAGCCCUCUGGAGAGGGGAGACGAAAUACCAACUUUGUUCCUGGUCGGCCAAACAGGAGAAGGCCGCCUUAUAGACGAAGAAGACCACCAAUGAGAAGAGUCCAUCCACACCUAAACCCAUUCUACCCUUCAUUAAACAAGCCCAAAACAACUGUGCCCCCACCAACAACUACCAUACCAACAACAACCACAACCACAACCACAACUACUACUACUACUACAACUACUACUACUACUACACCUACCACCACAACUACAACACUUGCUCCAACCACAGCCACAACUGUUGAGACAGAUGAAGAUGAAGGUGAAUUUUAUGAAGAAUAUAAUUACAAAGAUAGUGACAGUGUGGAUGAGACAGAAGAAUCAAACACUGAAACCCCUGAAAAAUAUAUCCAUGUAGGUAGUUCUGUAGAUAAAUAUAAUUUACCUAAUCCAAACACAAUUGUUACUCCAAAGCUACAAAGUACCCCUCAUACAACUAAAUGGACUGAUGAGGAAAAGGACACAGAGACUGUAUACCUAAACGAAUUAGAGAGACAGAAAGUGGAGAUUGGAAAACAGACUGAAGAAAAGGGCAGAGAUAAUAAAAAUCUUGCAGAAGAGAGUGAGAGUGAGGUUAUAACAGCAAUGGAAGGGCAAAAACACCACAAACUAGACACAGAGGGCAGUGAAAGAGACACAGAAAAAUCUAAAAAGGAGUGGAUUACACAGAGCUACAAUUCAAAGGAUAGCAUCCGAUUAACAACCCAAAAUAGACCAAGACCUAACACUCGACCUUCAAUGGAACAAAAUACACCAACCCAAGCAAAAACCUCAUCUUCCAAACCUGAGAUCCACAGUUUCCCCAUUAUAGAGCCAGUUCAUCCCUGGCUCCACCAGUACAACCAGGAAAGAGAGCGAACCACCUCUUCCAAGAUAUCCCAAACACACCAAGACAGAAACACCGGAAAACAGAGUAAAGUGAAUCCGGACCGGCAUUCCCAACUUCCCCGCGUACCCCCGACCUCCCGAUGGCCUUCACAUCAUCAUCAUCAUCAUCCUCAUCCUUACAAUCCCCUUUACCCUUCCUGGCCAGGUCAAAGAACAUUUCCUAAUUCCAGGCAUGGUACUGGGUCACACCUUGUGCCCACGCAUCGACCAUGGCCUUUGCCUCACCCCUGGGUUCACAGUCAAGUUGUCACCAACAGACCAGAGAUAACAGCUCAAACAGUGAAGCCCACACCUACAGUUUCUGGAUCAUCUGGAAACUCUAGAUUGACAAUCUCUAGUCCCCACCCCAGGCAUCAUUUCCAUCAAAAUCAUCACGUUGAUAGCAGGACCCAAACCAGAGAUCAACUGUUUCUAUCAAGGCUGCGGAACAGAUACAGACAGGCACAGCUCGAUCGCAUUGCUCAGCUAGGGAGGAUGGUGACGCCCAAACCUCGCAUUAGCAACCACAAUCCUUCAUUCCCUAUCACACCCAAACCCAGCCCUCCAUCCCGACAGAGACCCUACACCCCCAAACCACUAGUACCCACUGCUUCCUACACCCUGCAACCUCUAAACCCUGCUAAACCUUCAUCAUCCUCAUUUGCUGGUUUCAUCCCGACCCCUCGUACUCAGAACCCCACCACCCCAGGGUAUGGAGGACGAAUCAGCUCUCAGGGUCCUACAGCUGCACCUCCUUUCCCAUGGGUAUUGGGAGCUGGGGGUGGUAGGGUGAAGCCCCGCAUUACCACGGUAACCACAGCUAGUGUGUCUGUGCUGGCAGAGAAUGAUGUGGUUCUGCCUUGCAAAGCAACAGGGAAUCCUGAACCUAACAUUGCAUGGACCAAAGUCUCCACAGGUGCCACCAUCCCAGCUAACACCAAGCAUGGUCCUCGUUUUGAAGUCUUCAAGAAUGGAACUUUUGUAAUCAGAAAAGUCCAGCUUCAGGAUAGAGGCCAGUACCUCUGCGCGGCCCAGAACAGGUUUGGAUCAGAUCGGGUGGUGAUCACCUUAGCAGUUCAGACUGAGGCACCUAAGAUCCAACCUCCCAAGUCCACAGAAAUAGCAAUCUACUUAGGAAAAAGUCUAACACUUGACUGCCUUGCUUCUGGAAAACCACCAGCCCAAAUUUCCUGGAUUCUUCCAGACAGAACAUUUAUUCGUGAAAUUGGAACUGUUCACACCCUCCUCUCUCCAAUGUCUCUGCUUCAAAAUGGAACCCUGCACAUGCAUUCUGCCAAUUUCUCGAGUAAAGGGGACUACAAAUGUAUCGCAAGCAAUGCAGCAGGUGCUGAUACAAUUACUUAUCAUCUCCAUGUGGCAGCUUUGCCUCCAAGCAUCAGUGAAGGAGCAAUGGAUGCUGUGACCAUUCAGCCAGGCAGGAGUGUAUACGUCCAUUGCUCUGCAAAGGGUGAACCGGUGCCGGCUCUGAAAUGGAUACUGCCAGCUGGUGUCCAUGUGAAGCCAUCACAGUUUCUGGGACGCCGGCUCUUUGUCUUCCCGAACGGGACACUUUAUGUGAAAAAUGUUUCACCAGCUGAUGCAGGGGGAUACGAGUGUGUAGCCACUAACACUGUAGGCAUUGCCAAAAGAACUGUCCAGCUGGAGGUGAAGAUAGAUUCCCCGUCCCUCACCUAUCAGCCUCCUCCUCUUCCCAUCCCUCCAACCCAGCGCCAUGCUGUGCCAUCCCGCAAGCAUUCUGUCUCAGCUAUGUAUGGUUCUGCUGUCUACCUCCACUGUCCAGAGUCUACUGGAUCCACAAGAGGGACCAUCUGGCAGUUACCUUCUAAUAUCAUCAUAGAACACAGAUACAGUCCAGAGAGACCUAUUAAAGUUUUCCGUAAUGGGACUCUGAGAAUACUUCAGCUAACGGAGCAGGAUGGUGGAAAUUAUCUGUGUGUCUUUCAGCGGCCUAAUGGGGAGGACAUGGAGCUUUUCCAGGUGGAGGUGUUAAUGACACCUCCCAGAAUUGAACAUGUGAGGACUGCACAGACCAGGGUCACCUUUGGAGAAAAUUUUCAGGUUGAUUGUGUUGCAACAGGCCUCCCAGAUCCAGAAGUUUCCUGGAGUCUCCCGGAUGGAACCUUAAUCAACAAUGCCCUUCAGUCUGAUGACAGUGGUCUUCGCAACCGGCGCUAUGUUAUUUUUGGCAAUGGAACUUUACUUCUCCAGCAGAUGGGCAAAAAAGACGAGGGUGACUACACCUGUUAUGCUAGAAACAAACUGGGCAAAGAUGAAAGAAAGUUGAGUGUCAAAGUGGAACCAAAUGCUCCACAAAUUCAAUUAAAAUUACAAUCACUGGUGACAGUAAAACUGGGAGCAUUGGGUAAAUUGAAUUGUCAAGCAACUGGGGAACCUACACCAAGAAUCAUGUGGAUAUCACCCCGAAAUGAUGUGAUACCAACAUCAUCAGACAAAUUUCAGAUUAUGGACAAUGGGAUGUUAGUCGUAAAGAAAGUGACACUUGCUGAUGAAGGAAAAUACGUGUGUGUGGCACGAAAUUCUGCAGGUGAUGAUGUUAAAAACAUGAAACUUGAGGUUGAACCUCAGGAACCCUUUAUCAAUGGCAUAAAAGGGAGGAGCAACACAAAGAUUUGGGGGAUUUCCUACCAAACAGCUCUUUUGGACUGCAGGGUGGAAGGGAAACCUGAACCAAGAGUUUGGUGGCUUACUCCUUAUGGCCACUCACUCCAGACACCCUAUCUCGGUGGUCGCUUCCAAGUCCACCGAAAUGGGAGCUUGGAGGUGAGAGGGGUGAGGAAAACAGAUGAAGGGAGGUACACAUGCCUGGCCAAAAACCAUCAGGGUGAAGCCUCACUGUUAGUUGAAUUAGCUGUGGCAUCCGUAGCUGAGAAGCCAAGUUUUGCUGUUCCCAAUAUUGAAAUCGUACCAAUGAAGCAAGACGGUGGGGAUCUGAGCCUUGAGUGCCCUGCUCGCGGCAAGCCAAACCCAGAGUUUUCAUGGAUGCUACCGAAUGGGACAAUGUUAAUGCCUGGUGUUAGACUACAACGCUUCAACCAUCAUCUGGGUAAUGGGACUCUACAGAUCUCUCAACCUGUUGCAAGUGAUAAGGGAGUGUACCGCUGUCUAGCAAAAAAUGUAGCAGGACAAGCGGAGAAACGUUAUGCACUGGAAGCGGGUAGGAAACCGGUGAUCAGAGGAUCCACAGGUGGGAUUAAGAUCACCUAUGGCCACAACAUCAAUUUACCUUGCACUGUGGACAGCUGGCCACAGGCAUCAAUCAUGUGGACCCUACCCAAUGGACUUGUUUUGGACAAGCCUCAAACCAUCGGUCGAGUAUCUUUCCUCCCCAAUGGGACCCUCCAGCUCAGACAGGUUGCCACCUUUGACAAAGGGACAUAUAUCUGUAAAGCCUCCAACUCUUUUGGAUCGUCAACUCUAUCCUACCCACUUGCAGUCAUGGUUUUUCCACCACACAUCACCAGUACACUGACCUCCAUCACCAGAGUCAACAGGGGAUCACCAGUGACGUUAAAUUGUGUUGCGACCGGUACUCCCAAGCCGGAUAUUUCAUGGACGUUGCCUGGACGCACCACGUUGGUUCCACAUAACCGGUUCACAGUGCAGGGUGGGAUCCACAUGACAGAGGAGGGCAGUCUGGUAAUACAGAACCCCGUGCUCACAAACUCUGGCAUUUACAAAUGCAAUGCUAAAAACGCUCUUGGGACAGAUUUUAAAUCUACAUACCUACAAGUUGUCUGAGAGACAGUCACCAUGCUUUAUUUUGAAUGAAGAAACUCUCACAGCAGAAAUCAAAGACAGGAU